GGACCCUACUCCUGUCCUGCUUUGGAGAACAUGGCCACCACACUUUUUCUGGCCAUUGGCUGCUUGUGUUGUGCUCUGUUGAGCAAUGGAAUCGGAGCUGAACUCGAGGCAUCACAGAGCAGAUCUUUUACAAAUUCAAGAGAGCAACCUUACAGAACCUCCUAUCAUUUCCAAUCUCCUCGGAAUUGGUUAAACGAUCCUAAUGGUCUUAUGUAUUACAAAGGGGUUUACCACUUGUUCUACCAGUACAAUCCUCACAGCGCGCUCUUUGGUGACGGUAUAGUAUGGGCGCAUUCGGUUUCGUAUGAUCUAGUUAACUGGGUUCACCUUAAUCACGCCCUCGAGCCAAGCGAACCUUUCGACAUCAUCAGUUGCUGGUCAGGUUCUGCUACUAUCCUUUCAGGGAACAGACCAGUCAUUUUGUAUACAGGCAUAGACGCAAAUUAUAGUCAAGUGCAAAACUUGGCGAUUCCAAAGAAUGAGUCUGAUCCCUUCCUACAAGAAUGGGUCAAGUUCUCUCUGAAUCCGAUUAUUGUUCCCCCCGAAGGAAUUGAACCGGACAAUUUCCGAGACCCGACGACCGCGUGGCAGGGUCCAGAUGGUAAAUGGAGGAUCAUAGUUGGAAGCUGGAAGAAUGAUAAAGGAAUGGCAAUUCUUUAUCAAAGUGAUGACUUCUUCCACUGGUCUAAAUCCGAGCAACCUCUUUUCACAUCAAGCAAAACCGGCAUGUGGGAGUGCCCGGACUUUUUUCCAGUAUCCACAGAAAGCACGAAUGGCGUGGACACAUCGAUCCUGAACGCAAGCACUAAGCACGUGAUGAAGGCAAGUUUCAAUAGUCACGAUUACUAUGUGCUAGGCACUUACAAACUUGAGCUGGAAAGGUUUUUACCAGAUGAUGACCUUGCGGGAUCUAGUAUGGACUUAAGAUUGGACUACGGGAAGUAUUAUGCUUCCAAAUCGUUCUUUGACAGUGCGAAGAACCGGAGACUACUGUUUGGAUGGGUUAACGAGUCAGAUAGUACAGAGGAUGACAUAGCAAAGGGUUGGUCUGGACUUCAGGCAUUUCCAAGAGAAAUUUGGCUAGACAGAAGUGGAAAGCAACUGAUACAGCGGCCUGUGGAGGAAAUCGAAACUCUGCGUGACAAAAAUGUUGGUGUUAAGUCUCUGGGACUCGACGGCGGUUCAACUUAUGAAGUUUCAGAUAUCACUGCUUCACAGGUGGACGUUGAAGUUGCCUUUGAAUUGCCCAGAUUGGAAGAAGCUGAGCCCAUGGAUCCAAACUGGAUCGACCCCCAAAUUCUGUGCAGCGAAAAGAAUGCAUCAGUUAGUGGCAAGUAUGGACCGUUUGGUUUGUUAGCUUUGGCGACGGAGGAUUUGAGAGAACAGACGGCAAUAUUCUUCAGAGUAUUCAGAGGCCAAAACAGAUACGUAGUCCUGAUGUGUAAUGAUCAAAGCAGGUCUUCGUUGAGGAACGAGGUUGAUAAGACCACAUAUGGAGCUUUCCUCGACAUAGAUCCCCAAGUCGAGAAGAUUUCCUUGAGAACCUUGAUAGAUCACUCGAUUAUUGAGAGCUUUGGUGGGGCUGGAAAAGUCUGCAUCACCAGCAGGGUGUAUCCAGUGCUGGCUAUUGAUGAAGCGGCUCGCUUGUAUACUUUCAAUUAUGGAACUCUUAGUGUACGAGUCGAGCAACUGGAUGCGUGGAGCAUGAGGAAAGCCCGUAUUGGUCAUGGAGAAAGUUUGAGCUAUGGAGAACCAUCGGCAUUUCGGUGCGAGAAUAUCUCAUCUGCCGGAUCUGAGGAGGGUCAAUCCUGUGCAGUGUAGCCGUUACAUCAUGAGGAAUCCGCUUCCAAAAUUUGAAAUGCCCAAAGCGAGACUGAUUUUAGUGUUUUAAUCCAUGUUUUCCCACCAUGCGUUAUGAAGUGCCUUGAGAUGUAUCAGCAGAUUCGCUGCAUUAUUUCCUGACCACGCAGCAAUCGUAAAUAAAUAAAAAGUUGUGCUAUUUUAAGUUUUUUGUAA